AAAUUUAUAUUUUGUAGGCGCCUUUUUUAUUUUGUGUUUACCGAUUUGUUUUUAUACCACAAAAUAAUUACAUCUUUAUUUAUCCAUAAAUGAAGUAAACGUAAUUAUCGAGCUUUCAACUAAAUUAAGUAUAAUAGUAUUUGGUGCGAAUUUAUUUAAUUGUAAGGAAAAAGUUAUCAAGAUGUGUGACUAUCCUGAUCCAGACGAAGAAUAUGAAUUAAUGUACGCUGAUGAACUGGAAUUGAUGAAUGAACAAGAGGAGCACGCUGAAGCUAAUGUAGUCAGAAAACCGGCAGCGGCAAAACGCAGCUUAAAUUUCUCUAGUCCAUCGACAAAAGUGAAUAAAAUUCAACUCAGCCAACCCACUACAAAUCCCGAUUCACUAUCACAAAAUGGUUUCCAUUUAUUACCAAGUUCCCAAACAUCAUUACCUCCAUCUCAGCCUAUCGAAAACGAAUCUACAAACAAACGUACUGCUGAUGAGUUAUUUGGUGACAUUGGAGACAUAGACUUUGAUGACUUGCAAUUGCCAAGUAAAAAACAAAAGACUGAAGAAGAGAAUGAUUUAGAUUUAAUCAAUAAGAUACUUGAAGGAAGGAGGCUGCGGCAGAUGCUAGCCGAGCCUAAUCUGGUGCAGAGUAAUGAGAAACCCCUGUUUGAUUAUAAAGAGAAUUUGUCAGUGAAUAUACCAAGAUGGGCCUUCCUCCCCCUCACAAACUCUUACGGUGAGCGGGUGUAUGUGAAGCUAGAAUCAGAGGAUGUGUGGGAGAAGUCAUUGGAGGAGGCACCUGAACAGCUGAGUCUGCAUGCAACAUACAAAAGCACAUGGGAUGAAGCUAGGAAACUUAUAGAGUUGAAACUGCAGCGGCAAUUAGAUCAAGAAACUCUUGCUCAGACUCAAGCUCAGGUGCAGGCUGUUGAUACAGAGCUGUGGGUGGACAAGUACAGGCCUGAAUCUUAUGUGGAUUUACUCUCUGAAGAGCCAGUGAAUAGGGCGCUGUUGCAUUGGCUUCACUUGUGGGAUAAGGUGGUAUUUAAAAAAGAGUACAAAUCUAAAGACCCUCAACAGCGCAAUAGCUUUAGCAAGCGUGCUGGCCAAUUCCAAUUGACUAAUAAAUGGAAAGGCAAGAAGGAGGCCGAACCGGAGAUGGAUGAAGAUGGCCGCCCCCACCACAAGGUGGCGUUGCUGUGCGGACCUCCUGGUGUCGGCAAGACUACGCUGGCGCAUCUACUGGCUAAACUGACUGGUUACAGGCCAGUGGAACUGAAUGCAUCAGACGAGCGCAGUACAGAAGCUUUUCGCACAGCGUUACAGAAUGCCACUCUUAUGCGGUCUGUGUUGGAUGCUGAUCGGAGACCCAACUGCCUUAUACUAGAUGAAAUAGACGGCGCGCCAUUGCCAACGGUAGAGUUGUUAGUCAAAUGGUGUACGGCCACCUUGGACAGCGGCAAGAAGAAAGGAAAGUCACAGCCUCUCCGCAGGCCUGUGAUAGCUAUCUGUAAUGACUUGUACGCGCCUUCGUUGAGACCACUCAGGCCAGUAGCGCUGGUGGUGCGUGUGGGCGUGGCGAGCGCGGAGCGGCUGGCGGCGCGGCUGAGCCUCGUGUCGGCGGCGGAGGCGCGGCCGCUGGGCGCGCGCGCGGCGGCGGCGCUGGCGGCGCGCGCGGCGGGCGACGUGCGGCUCGCCAUGCACGUGCUCAGCUUCGUCAAGGCGCAGUUAAACGUAGAAGACGUAGAGAACCUCGCGAUCGGCACUAAAGACUGCAAUAAGACCCUGAUGCAAGCUCUGCAAGCGAUAUUCACCAUUAACGACAAGGAGCCGGACAGCGUGCUCAAAACUGUGCAAGCCGCUGGAGAAUAUGACAAAAUAGUAGACGGCGUGUUCGAGAACUAUCUGGAAGCUCGUGUGGACGCGCGGCUCAUGCUCGCGUGUGAAACUCUCUCGUGGCUGCGCCUGUACGACUCCAUCUACUCCUGGACCCUGCAGCAUCAGAACUACUCGCUGUAUGGCAUGCUGCCGCUCUGUCUAAUGCGGUGUCAUAGAGUGCUGGCUUCCAGGGCCCAGCAGAAGCUCAAGUUUCCUUCGCAGGGUUAUGAGAUGUACCGCAAGAGUGUAGAGCUGGACAGCAUCGUGUCGUCGGUGUGGCGCGGCUGCGCGCCCGCCGUGUCGGUGUCGCGCGCCACGCUGCGGGUCGAUGUGUUACCUUUACUGCCAUAUUUGCUAUCGCCCACACUCCGUUCUGCUAAUGUGCAGUUGUGCAGCGAGAACGAGAAGAAGAGUGUACGGACGUGCGCGUCGGCGAUGUGCGACUACGGGCUGCAGUUCGUGCAGCAGCGCGGCGCCGACGGACUCUACACGUUCGUGCUCGAGCCGGACGUCUACAAACUCGCGUUUUUUGGUAACGAGGAGCGCGGCCGCCCGCCGCCGCCGGUGCGACAAGCCAUCGCGAGGGAACAACAAGCUGAACUCAUACGCAGGAACGAGGACAUGCUCACUCGCGUAGCAGCUAGGACUGGCAAGAACGAAGAAUCAAAGUCGAAGGCGACGUCGAGCAAAGAGGAAGCGAAAGAAACGCGCAUUCCCAACCAUUUGCAAAGGUUGAAAGCGAAAGAUGUCACCAAAACUGCACCCCAGGUACACAAAGAUUUCUUCGGCAGAAUUGUUCCCCUGUCACAAGUGCAGCGAUCAGAUGCUGUGGCCGAUCUGAUAUCCUCGAGCAGCGUGUUCUACCAGUACAGGGAAGGAUUCAAUAAUGCAGUCAGAAAAAAUGUUCGCAUGAAGGAUAUGUUAUAGUAUAUUGUUAUGAAUAUUAUGAAAAUGUUAACUUAUCAAACCUUUUUAUUUUUGUAAACAGUAUUAUCCACUUAAGAAGUGAGAUCUAUAAAGCCUACUUUGAUGUAUAUCAAACCAGAGAGAUUUUUGUUUUUUUUUAAUUUUCAUUUACUCUUUAUUAUUGGGAAGGCAAAGGUAAAAAACCAGAGAUAUGAAAACUCGAAAACAUACUUUAUUAAUUUAAACUGGACUAAGAAAAAUACAAUUUUAUCAUAUUUAAUUUACAAAUCUCGGCCUUCUGCCUUAGACUUAAAAGUUUCAGAAAUAUUACAAAGAACUAUGAUUCUAAUGAUUUGGAACAAAUAUGUAUUUGCAAAUAACAAUCUUAUAAAUAUGAAAAUAAAGCCCAUGAUUUUUUAUCGUUCAACUGGCCUGUAUACCAUAAUGUUUAUUUUAAUUUGUAAAUAAAUAUUUAAUCGCA